AUGCUUCGCUUGUUUUCCCGUUAUCCUCCAACUACGAGUCGGAUCUGUAAUUUGUCUUGUCUUCCCCCAAACCUAAUCGGAGCUAAUCACACCUCCGCUCGUUUCUCCUCGAGCUAUUCUUUCUCUUGUAGAUUAGAGGAUGGAGAGCUUCUUGGGGAAAAUCAUGGUUCGUGUGGGCGUUCUGAUCAUCCUUGUUCGAUUUGCUUACGUGGAGACUUGUGCUUCUUCUCCUUCCCUAACAAUCUCAACCUCGUUAUCUCCGGAUCUACCGAUGAUCUCAACAGCAGCAGGGAUUGGAUCAAAUCCGUUCAGUUUUACGGAUCUCAUGGCCGAGGGUUAUCUCUCAGCGGAAUCGAAGACGCUAAACGGGUUUGGGGCAAGAGGUUUUCUCCCUGA